GAUGUCCUAGAAAUAUGGAAUAAACGAAUCGCUCAUCCGCAUUCUCUGCAUUGCACGAUCGUGGUAUGCAAGAAAUAUCGUAGAAUGCAACAAGUUACUUCAAACCGGUUGAUAAUUAUCGUUCAAGGGUUAUAACAGAACUUUAAACUAGUAUCAUUUAAUCGUACGAUAACAUACUAUCGAACGGCAACCAACGAAACUUAUAAACGGAUAAUAGGAAGAUAAAUCACGGUUUAAAAGAUUAAUGUUAUUUAUGAAAUAGCAAUCGUAUCCGUUCAUUAAUUUUGAUUUAAUCGAAACCUUGAAAGGAAGGAAAGAGAAAAAAAGAAUGUGCAAAUAAGAUGUAAUAAUAACACGAUAUGGAUGUAGACACACACAGAGUCUUCUAAUGGCACUGGGCUUUCUCUGUUGUUAUGCCAUUAGGGUCACUACAUCAGUGACGUUAGAAGCAAUGACUAAUGCCAAAUCUGCAAAUCCUGCUUUCGAAGAAUUUCAAUGGGACACCGCCACUAAGGAUAUAAUUCAGAGUUCUUUCUUCUGGGGAUAUGUGUGCACGCAAAUUAUUGGUAGCAUAGUGGCACGAAUUUGGGGAGCUCAUAAACUUUUCUCACUGGCGCAAUUCGCAUGUGGUUUGGUAACACUUUUAAUUCCCGUACUUGCCAAGUACUGUGGAUGGGAAGCGAUUUGUGUUACUAGAGUAAUCGCCGGUUUAUUUCAAGGCACUGUUCUACCGUGUCUUCACACAUUACUUUCGAAAUGGGCGCCCAUGGACGAAAGAGGGAGAAUCUCGACCUUUGUUUAUGCCGGAGGCUGGAUUGGAAACGUACUUUGUUUAUGGAGUACUGGACAGCUAUCAGCUUCUCGUUUGGGAUGGCCUAGCUGUUAUUAUGUUUGGGGUUGUAUAACAAUUAUUUCCAGUAUUCUGUUCUUUUUCAUUGGUAAAGAAUCACCGGCUGAACAUCCAAGUAUACCACAAGAUGAAAAAGAAUACAUUGAAAAUAGUCUCGGAAUGAUAGAAACAGAAGAGAAAUUAUCAACUCCUUGGAUUAAAAUAUUAACCAGUAUUCCAAUGUGGGCACUAUUGGUUACACAGUCUGCUCACACUUGGGGCUUCUGGAUGCUUUUAACAAAAAUUCCUUCGUACAUUGGAUCAGUCUUUGAUACCGAUAUACAAAACAAUGGUCUAUGGAGUGCACUACCAUAUCUCGCAGCAUGGAUUUGUAGUUUCCCAAUUAGCUAUAUUUCGGAUAUCCUGAUUAAACGAAAUGUUUUAACCGUACAAGCAUCGAGAAAAAUUUGUAAUACGAUCGGUGAAUGGGUCCCAGCAAUUAUAUUAAUCGGUCUUGGAUAUGUUACUAAGGAAGAACCUGGAAUAGCAAGAGCACUUUUAAUAUUCGCUGUUGCUAGUAAUGUUGCUAUUUAUUGUGGACAUAAUGUCAAUCACAUGGAUCUUAGUCCAAACUUCGCUGGUCCUUUGAUGGGCAUUACAAAUACCGUGGCAAAUAUUUGUAGCAUUUUGGCUCCGCUAAUUGCCAGUGUCAUCGUUAAACAUCCGAAUAGUGUUGAGGAAUGGAGAAAUAUGUUCUUUUUAACAUCCAUAAUAUAUUUUCUUGGAAAUUUCACUUUUAUUGUGUUUGGUACAACUAAAAUUCAAGAAUGGAAUGACCCUGUAAAGGAGAAAAAGGAUAUCUCUAUGAGUUCUGCAACUGAAUCAUCGAUGGAAAAGGGAUAUGCACAAAGAGAAAAAGAUACUGAAAAGAUGGAUCUAGGAAAAGAGUCGUAAUAUUGCUCUGAUACUAAAGAAUAUGACAUUAUUCAUAAAAUGUAUUGUAAAUAUUGUGA